UCACCACGCGUCUUAGCUUCAACUGCCAAAAAAGAAAGUGAAAAAAACUUGAAAGCAAAAAAAGGCGGGCUAAAUCUACUUGUCAUUCAAAUCAAAGACGCUCUCUCCUUCACACGCUGAACAAAACAACAAAUGCAGAUCAAAGUUGAGGACUCUGUAUAUACGAAAAUGGAGUCGCUUCGGUUGAUCUGCGACAAAGAGAUUCCCCUCAAUCAGCAGAAAAUGGACUCUUUCACGACGUCGUUUCGACAUUCUCUGGAAUCGGUCAAGGCCAAAGCUCUAGAAACCGUCCAAAAUCAAGCGAAACUGGCGAAAGCGAAAGCUGAACUGAGAGACGCUGAAGAUGAAUACGUGAAAGUACUAGCAGUGAAGACUCGUAAAGAGGCCAAACAAAUGACAACCAGGGAUUCAAUAUCUGCAACAAAAGUAAGACUAGAAGAACUUAAAAAAGCUGUUGAAGUUCAGAGGGCUAGGAGGGAUGAGUAUGCAGCAAUUAUAUUUCAACACUCUCGAGGUUUGGCUAUCUCUGAAGAAAAGACCAACCAAGACACUAAACGGAAUGGAGAAAUUCAAGAGGCCAUUUCGUGGUACAAUAGGGUUCUUGGUUUUCAUAUUGAAGGUGGACAUGGGGUAAAAUUUACAUUCAGCAAUAUAGAUAUUAAAAAUCAAAAUGAGGAGUACUCUUUCACCGUUUGCCACACAAAUGAUACCUAUACCUUGUUGGAUUGUGACCCACCAUUGAACAAUAUCAAGGAGUUAAUCCAAGAAUUGAACAGAACCAAUGGCUUGUUCAGAUUUGUCCGAAUUAUGAGAGAGAGGUUUCAAGAAGCUGCAGCACUUGGAUUACGACCGCAAUCAACAACUCUUCAUCAAGAUUCUUCCAUGAUCUCUGGGUCUGCUCCCUUGUUUUCAGUUUCAACUAACAGAAGUGGGUCUCCAGCCAAGAAAAAUGAGUAUCAAAUUGAACAUGAAGAAGCCAACCGACAAUCCAAGAAAGUUAACCACGGAAGAGGGGCCACACCAGCACUUCUAUCUCCGGGAUCAGCAACAUAUUUUCGCCGGUCUCCUCGUUUUAAGGUUAAGAAAUGAAGAUGAAAUAGAUGCUGCUUUCUCAUCUCUAUUUUGUUAUCAUGCGAUCAGAUGCUUUAACUUGCUCUGGUUGUCAUAAUUCGUGAGCUGGUGGUUGAGCCGUUAACUUCUACCGUUUGAAACUUGAUAUUCUUGUACUUCCGAAAAUCUAACGUGGCGGUCUCAAGUAUAUGCCACUCAGCAGACGAGACAGCCUGGUUAGAUUUGUAUGGUUAAUCUAUUGUAUUUCAUUAACCAAUUGGAGAACGGCUGAAAUGUAAAUGUGAUAAUUGCAAUUUUUUUUUUUUUAAUUAUUGAGU